CGCACACUGUUCCCGUGGCGGACUUCGACUCGCCCCACAUUCUGGUGUGCCUCGCUGCCAGUAGCAGCGGUGGUGACGGUGGGGGUGGGAGUGAUGGGGAGGGGGACGGGGAGGAGGAGGGGGAGGGGGAGGGGGGGAGGGAGGGGGCAUGGUGGCGUGGCCGACGAAUCUGUUCUGCCUCGUGGCGCAUCUCAGGAGCAAGGCGCUGCCGCAACGACCCGUGUUGAUCAUGCACCCCCAUCACCCCACCCACCGCGAGUGGGCCCCAGUGGGCAUCUUCCCUCAAGUCUUUUUCCUCCGCGGCUCGCCCACCCACGACCUCGAUCUCAUCCGAGCUGGCGUGCUCUCCGCCCUUAAGGUCCUCGUCAUCUCUCCCGACCAAUCGCCCGGCGCCACGUCACCCUCCUCCUCGUCCUCGCUCUCGUCCUCCUCAGGCCCCCCCACGGACCUAGCAAGUGUGGUAGUAGCAGCACAUGUGGAGCAGCUACAAGGGGGAGAGGACACAGAUGGAGGGAUGGGGGAGGGUGGGGGGAAUGGGGGGAGCGCUGGGAGCGUCGGGGGCGUGGGGGGCAUGGGGAGUUUAGGGUUGAAUGGGGAGAGCGGUGGUAGCGGGGGGGGGUUGCUUGUGGAGUUGCAGAGUGAGCAGUCAUUUCAGUACUUCCAGCCGCUGUACCUGCUGCCGGCCCACCGGGCCGAGAGGCGGUCGUACCUGAGGAACAGAGCAGGCGUGUACACCUUCGCCCCCGCGUUUCAAAGUGGCCGCGCCUUCUGCAGCGCUGCCCUCUCUGCUGUGUCCGUGGCCACCUUCUACAAUCGCAACAUCACCACCAUCCUGCACCUCCUGCUCUCAGGCAGCCCGCCCAUUCCCCCUCUCACCGCUGCACCUGCUGCUCCAUCUUCUGCUGCUGCUGCUCCUGCUGCUGCUGCUGCUCCUACUGCUUCUUCUGCUGCUGCUGCUGCUGCUUCCGGUGCUUCCGGUGCAUCCGCUCACUGUGCGCACCCGAAGCACAGGCGGCAGCUAUGGCAGUGCGAGGUGCCCCACGAGUUUGAGGGGAGGGGGUACGGGGAGCUCUUCAUCCACAUGCUGUGGUCCACGCAUGCGCUGGCGCUGGGGCUGUACCGCGCGGCCGGCACCUUGGGAUCUCCCACGGCCUUCGUGCACACCAACCCGCUGCCCUCUACACCUCUUUCUCACGGCGACCUUGUGUUCUACAUCAUGUGACAGAAUACACUACAGUGGCUAGAGUGCUCCUGCUGAUUGUAUUUAAGGUACAGUCCGCUCAAUAAAUCGCAUCCCAAUCCCCAGAUUCCAUGAUGCACCGCACUGUGCCACAGUAUACCUCAAGACCGAACAUUCGCACCACGCUAUACCUCUCAAUCGGGGAGUGGGCGUCUAGACAGAGCCUCCCAAGACGAACCCUUAUUGGUUGAAACGUUGCGAGUUGUGACUCUGGAAAUUAAUUCAUCCCGAAAAG